GUUUCUUUUACAAGUCAAGAUGGCAACAAUGGUCGGUGCUGUUUUAUUAUUUCUCGUGGCUUUUAUGUCUGUUUCCAGUUUUGCCAAUAAGGUAGAUGAAGAGGAAAGUUGUAGACGAUAUGCUGGUGGCCAAGUUUAUCCAGAAAAAACAACGAUUUCAGAGCAUGCAGUUCACUGGAGCAAAGCCCAAAUCUCCAAGCCAGCACCACAUUGGGAAGGAACAGCUGUAGUAAAUGGAGAGUUUAAAGACCUGAAGAUAACAGAUUUUAAAGGGAAAUAUCUUGUGUUCUUUUUCUAUCCUCUUGACUUUACUUUUGUUUGUCCAACGGAGAUCAUUGCCUUCAGUGACAGAAUUGAAGAGUUCCGUGCAAUUAACACAGAAGUGGUUGGCUGCUCGGUAGAUUCAGUUUUUACUCAUUUAGCUUGGAUCAACACCCCAAGGAAAGAAGGUGGUCUAGGAAGGCUCAAGUAUCCCCUGUUAUCAGACUUAAAUCACCAGAUUGCUAAAGAUUAUGGAGUACUUCUUGAAAAUGAAGGGCAUACCUUAAGAGGUCUAUUUAUUAUCGAUGACAAAGGUACUCUACGUCAAAUUACUAUGAAUGACCUACCGGUGGGCCGAUCAGUUGAUGAGACUCUUCGUUUAGUUCAGGCUUUUCAAUAUACUGACAAGCAUGGUGAAGUUUGUCCGGCUGGGUGGAAGCCUGGUAAAGAGACAAUUAUACCUGAUCCGACAGAAAAGAAGAAGUACUUUGCUAAACAAACUGAGGAUGAACAAGAAGAAGAAGAAGAAAAAACAAAAACAAAAACAAAACAAUAACAUUGAAAUAAAAUAUUCCAGAGUUGUCAUAAGAAAUGUAGCUGGGCUGUCGUGUCCAGACAGUGGCCUAGAAAGGCCAAAAAAAAAAAUAAAAAUCCGCAAAAUUAUUGUUUGAGUUCAAAA